UUGGCAACCGGACCCGGAUUCUCAAAAACAGCAGCUGGCGACGUAAACCGUCCCGUCCUGAGAAGAGACGCGACACAGCCUGGAGGAGUUUGCCGAGACAAAAAGGUUUUUGUGGUUUGUGUGUGUGUGUUUUUUAAUAUAUCUAUAUAUUUUAUGCUGUCUCAGUGCCACCUGUUACACACUUGAAAAAAUUCCGCUGCAGCUCCUUUUGUGAGCGUUGACCUGGAUAGCUAUUGAAUUACAAACAUGGAGCACAGUUUUCUUUUGUCGGGACGUCUAAUUCAAGACAAUAAGUUGACGCUACCCGUGAAAUAGAAUUUUAAAGACAUUUUCAAGUUUUGAGGGAUUCAGUCUACUGUUGUUGUCAAAAAAGCCACAGUAACAGGUAGGUUAACAAUGGCUCAAUAAAAGCCACUGGUACAAAUCCAGUUAAGUCUUAGGCAAUUUUAUUUUACCAGUUCCUUUUGUAAUAGAUAAAGUCUUUCUUCUUUUGGCAAUGAUAAUCUUAUUUUGUGUGUGUGUGUAAAAUUUUACCAAACUAAUAUCGAGGCAGAACAGUACAAAUACAUAGUUAUAAAUAAUAGAAAACACUGUGCAAAAGUUUCAAGCCACCCCUCGUGUCUUUAAAUUUGGCUUCCAAGUAACAAAUUUAAGCAACAUACUUACCUUCAUACAAGACUUUUUUUUCCCUUUUUUUUCUUUUCAUUUUUAGUGUUACUGAGGAAUAGUUUUCCAGGCUUUCUGAAGGUCUUCCAAGUUUUUUUCUUUUUGGAUGUUGGCUACUUUUUCACACCUUUUCACUCCAGUUUUUGUACCUGAUAAUUUUCAGAGAAAUAAUUUAUUGUUUGUUUUGGUUAUUUUGAACAACUUAACAAUGCAAUAAAAAGCAUAAAAAGUCUUCUAACCCAAGGGAUGAACUAGUGUUGUGUCUACACAUAACAGAAAAAUUAGCAAAAAAAUGUUUUUUUGAAAAUUUUAUCUUUUUUACUAGCAGCCUGUCAUAAAACAUCAUGUGUUUUUCUUUAGUUAAAUAUAUUUAAAAAUACCCAAAAUAAAACAAUAGUAUUUUUGCACCAACAAUGUGAUUCUCAAAAAGCUAUUAGUUGAAAACUAUGUCAUAAAUGUUCCAUACUGAGUAAUCAGUGUAACUCAGUAUAACAACAUCUUACCUAAAAUCCUGAAUAAUCUGUAUUUAUGUGAAAUAUCCUGAAUAAAAAACUCAGGAGUCCGGAGAGUAGUAGGAGAAAAGAAGAAGUGGCAGGUCUAAAAGAACUACAGCAGAUGAUCAGUAUCUUAAGAAAGAAGAUAAGAAAUAAGAAAUAGGGGGAAAAUCCACCAUAGACUUGUCACAGGAACUGAGAGAUGGAUCUGGCCUUUCAAUUCAUCUGAUAUUAUUCACCAAAGCUUGAUCAGAAAUGGCUUUUGUAUAUGGGAGGCUGUCAAGGGAAACUAUGAGAAAAGGCUGAGAUAUGGCAAAGUACACAAGAACUGGACUGAAGAUCAGAAGAUCAAUCCAAAUUUCAAAUCUUUUGUAAAUAUGUGCAGAAGAGGUCUAGAGAGUACAACAAUGAGUCUCUACAGCCAUCUGUAAAGCAUGAUGGAGGCUCUGUCAUGGUUUGGGGCUGUAUUUCAAAUAGUGGUGUUGGGGAUCUUGUCGAAAUUGAUGAAAUUAUGAACGCUAUGUUGAAGAGUAAAGGUGCUUGUUUUUCCUCGUUUUUAUUACUUCUUCUUCUUCUUUUUUUACAUUUCGAUAUGUGACAGAUAUAUUUUAUCCUCAUUUCCUCCUUUAACCAUUAGACUACAAUGUUUUAAUUGCUUUGAACAGCCAUGAACAAUCUAUCCAUUUGAACAAUCCAGUGUUCUUUCCAGCCAUUUGAACAAUCAUGACUGCUUUGGUUCGACCUGGAGUCAAUAUUUCAGAGCUAUGUAAGGAAGGAGACAAGUUACUUCGGAGUGGUGAGCUGGAGAGAGCCACCUCCUUGUACAUGUCUGCCUUCAGGACUCACGCCACCUCUGCGGUGUCCCACAUGAGAAAACUGGAUAAGUCUGGUCUGGAUUUGGUGAUCGCUACUCUAGAGGGCUGGCUUGAAAGUCAUGUGAAGAAUCAGCCUGCAGAGGGUCUUAAUAAAGGUCUUGCCGCUGUUUUCCUCUCCACACUCAGUCCCAACAAUCUGUCAGCCACCAUUUACAAAAUGGAGUCUCUUCUUCAGAGUGGCACGCAUGCCUGUGAGGAGAUUUUUGCUCGUUGCACCGCUAUGCUUGAAGGGAAGCGGAACCUUCCUCCAGAGGGUUCAACUCAUGUUUUGUUAGAGAUAACUCGAGCCCUCGCCUGCUUGUUAUCAGAAUCUCACAGGUUAAAGGGACUAAAGAUUUACCUCAAAGCUUACAGGAAUAGCAAGUCUGAAACUGUCACACUGGUGAAGAGCAGACAAGCCGGACACCUACCCAAAAUAGUGAAGGCCUUUGCAGAACAAAUCAUGCUCAUACAUCCCACUCUAGUAGUUGACAGCAAGUGGAAAGUGGAAACAAAGGACAAUGACAAGCUUGAAGAAGAAACUUCUGCUACUGUUAUUGAGUUUUUGCUGUCUAUCUCACCUGGUAACAAAGAAGUACAGGAACUCAAUGCAGCGUAUUUGUUUUUGACGGGCAGGUUUAUGGACAGUGCAGAGGCAUACUCUUCCCUCUUGCAGCAUGCUCGUGGCCAGAAAAUAUCAGAGAGUACUAUAGAAAAAUUACUCCAAGAAACUCCUGAGAGGACAGCCAGACUCUUGACAAGUCGAGCAGCGGCUUGCUUUUCAGCAGGUGGAAAGAUUGCAGAGGAGUGCAAAGAUUUGGGGAAAGCAUUUGAGACUCACCCAGCCACUGCCCGAAUUUACUUCCAAAAGCUGUUCAUGGAUCAGGGGACUGGGGUGGCAGCUUGCAACCAUCUCCGUCAGCAGGCGGAGAGAGGCCUGUCUGAUUACAGAGAGCAAGUCCUUGUCCGUGCAGAUCUGCGAUCUACUGAAGGAGUGGAACUUCUGGACCCUGUUAUCACUCAGUUACGGACCCUGUGCCAUUUAGAACCUGGUGGGGGAGACAGAGAGUUGCGGGUCCGACUGGCUGAUUGUCUUCUCCUCAGAGGAGAGCACAAAGAGGCCCUCUCUAUCUGCAGCCAGCUAGCCUCACAAGGUCAGCAGAGCUAUCAAAACACGGUCCACGUCCUUCGUGGAUAUGCACGAUUUCUCUCUGAUGACCAGAAGGGUGCAUUAGAAGACUUUCAGGCUGUGAUUGAACACAAUGCCCCCCACCCAUCCAGCUGUGUGCGAGCCCUUUGUGGCAGGGGGCUCCUGCGAAUGAUGGGUGGCUUAAACUACCUGACUGCGUUAGACUAUGUGACAGCCAGCAGGCUGCAUCCUCAGGAAACAGCAUUUGCUGUGCGCUGCUUGGUGCCCUGGAACUACCGUGGGCUGCUGUUUACUGUUCUGCUGGAGCAGGGAAGAUUCAUGCUUGAAGGGUCUAGAGAUCACAAACCCAAGUCCAGUGCUGGUGAAGACUCCCAACAGCACCAAAAGGAGGACCAUAUGCAGACCCUAUCAAAGAGGGACAACCACAGAUCAAGGACUCCUGCUGGUGUCCAUUCCCUUGCUCUGUUGCUGAUGGAGCUCCAGCCCAGUGCCGAUGUGCCUCAGAUCUUGGCAGCAGAUGCCUUGUACCAGCUUGGUCGGGUGGAGGAGGCUUACCGAUUGCUGCUGUCCAUCGGGCCCACCAAUACUCGGGCACCUAUCUUGGCUCGCCUUGCUUUGCUUCAGCUGCACAGAGGCUUUCUUUAUGACACCAAUCAGCUGCUGAAAAAGCUCAUCUUGUGUGGCGAUACCAGCUGCUUGCGCCCCCUGUUGGCAGUGGCACAACAGAAAGACAGAGCACUGCUGCAGGGACACUCCCACUCAGCUGCAAAACGCAUUUUGGACCGCACAAGCGAGGAGAGCGCUGUCAGAGAGGCUGUGGCAUAUCUCUCCAUUGCUAUUAUGGCCUCUGGUGGCGAGGCAGCUGAAUCACUACUAGAAAGAGCGAGGUGCUACGCUUUGCUGGGUCAGCGAAAAACAGCCAUAUUUGACUUCAGUGCCAUUCUGAAGGAGCAUCCGAAACACGUGCAUGCCCUCUGUGGAAGAGGUUUCACAUAUCUCAUGCUGAAUCAACAAAAGGAAUGUACUCAUGACAUCCUGGCAGCACUUCAGAUAAACGCUGACAUAGUGACCAAAGACAUCCUUUCGCUUAAGGACAGGGCACGGAAGCUGGUCUGUGAUUGGCUGCAUCAGUUCUGUCGUACCAAUCUGUCAGAUAUUGUGGCCACUCAUGGUGUUCCCUGCCAAGAAGAGCAGCUUAGAGAGGCUUUCAUAAUUGGUGGAGCUUUGUUGAGGGCUGACUGUAGAAACCCCAGAUGGCAUCUGCUCUACGUGGACAUCCUCUUGGCAAAAGGUGAGAUUGUGGGGGAAAUUUUCUGAGCAGGAUCCUUGCUAGGAUUGGAAAUCAUCUGCCUAGC